AAUUCGAAAUAUGUCUGAAUAACGUUUGCUUUUGGGCGUUGUCGGGGUGAUAACAGGAAGCACUUGUGGUUCGACAUCGUCUUCUUCUACGGUGCGAAACAACAUGCGACUAGCUUCGACAUAAAGCCUGCUUUUAUUUAACAGAUCUUAAUCUUUUAGGUGUUUCUGUUGGACCUGUACGAUGCGUUUAGCAUUAAUGCGCGUGUUAGUCUGCAGCAAGUAUGCACGGAUUAUCAUACACAUAUGUCAUAUGUCAUAAGUCAUACAUUUACAGAAAUGCAACAAAUCGUGAAUGCGCUUUUAAACUAGUGCGAGUUGUCGCUCGUGUAUGUGUUUUUUUCCGAUGGUAUUUGGGGGAGCGGAUGAGAUGGCGAAUUGAUUUUAUCAUGAUCUAUAACCCGGUGUCUGAAGUACAGGCUGUCUGGACGCAGCUGCUGUAUGCGACGUCACACUUAAAUGUGAUUUUCUUCAUUAUAAACUGCAUUUAUCAACUGUUGUGUGGAGUUGUCUGGGUUAAUUCUUGUCGCCCAGAUUCGUCAACCACAAAAAUACUGACAUGAUGGUGGAAAAAUGUGUAUUGCAGAAAUGUCAAAACAAGACAAGAAGCAUAUACAUUUUUUUAAUAAUAAAAAUGCAUCCUAUUUUGUUAUGUCUUUAUUCGUAUGUACAAUUUUAUUGUUUCAGUUAAGUCUACAUUUUCUAUUCAUUUAUAUAGAAAAUUCUUAUUUUAUUGCCAUUGAUGUUGUUUUGGUUUUGUCGUGGAUAAAAUUAUUAUGCAUUUAAAUAACCGUAGUGUUAUGCUUUAUUUUAUCUUACAGUUCUUUUAUUUUACUUUGAUUUUGUGUCCUGACUUUUUAGUAUGUUUUCUGUGGUUGUUCAAAUGACCUUAAUUUUUACUUUUAUUAUUUUACCAUGUGUCAACAGUGACUGAUUAAAAAGCCAGAAUGUCACCAUGAAAAUGUUUCUUAAAACUCAUAAGAAACAAGAUCUGUGAUAUCAAGAAAUUAAAAAACGUGUUGGACACUGGACUUUGACAAAGGUGACUCAGAUCUCAUAUUCGUAGUUCCACCCUCAUCAAAUGCCUUAAAAGCAGGAAGUAUUCAGUCCCGGUUUUCUCACGUCCCAUUGUUUAAAAUGAACAUGCAGGUCUUUUGUGGGUUACACAGACAGAUGGGAUGUUAGGUGCAUUUAUAUUCAUUUUUGAUUUCUGCCUUGUUUGUAUCUGUGUUAUUGUGAAGUCUUUUGUUCCCCAGACUUAGUUCACAAAGUGAAAGCAAAAAGUGAAGGGUGUGUGAAGUGAACCUAUUUUCUGUUUAAGCAGCAAAACGAAGUAAUGUGGUCUGUGAGUCAUCGCUGGUUGUCCGUCCUUCUCUCCCUCCAGACUGAGCCCUAGACCCCAGUGCUUUUAGCAGGACCUUCUGCUUGUUUGGUGACCUUCGUCUUGCCGACUACCUCCUCCUCCUCCUCGGUCCACACCUUGUGAUGCCUCCCUCCUGCUGUGGCCACCUGUCACAGUACACCCAUCAUCACCUGAUCGUCUUCCUCCUUACCUUUUUUAGCUAUGUGCUUCUGCACUCGUCCAGGAAAACCUUCAGUAACGUGAAGGUCAGCAUAUCUGCCCAAUGGACACCAUCCUUCCAGAAUCAGUCGUCUCCUGCUUUCUCUCCUGCCGAGACAUGGAUGGACAACCGUCUCUUUGAUGAUGAGAAACAGGCCACUCUCUUCCUUGGGCUGCUGGACUCCAUCUUCCUCUUCUCCUAUGCUGUGGGUUUGUAUCUGAGCGGUGUGAUCGGAGACAGAGUCAACCUUCGCUAUGUUCUUUGUGUCGGACUGUGUGGUUCCGCGGCAGUGGAAUUUGCGUUUGGUACUCUGACAGAAUGGCUGCACAUCUACAAUGUGUACCUGUACUGCGGUUUGUGGAUCCUCAACGGUCUCCUGCAGUCGGCCGUCUGGCCUUGUGUUGUUGCUGUCAUGGGAAACUGGUUUGGCAAGACAGGGCGAGGUUUCAUAUUUGGACUUUGGAGCGCCUGUGCUUCUGUUGGCAACAUAUUGGGAGCUUUCCUGGCAUCCAGUGUGCUCCAGUACGGAUAUGAGUACGCCUUCCUGGUGACCUCAGUGGUACAGUUUGCUGGAGGAGUGGUGGUCUUCUUUGGUCUGCUCACUUCCCCGAAGGAAGUUGGUGAGUUCAAAAGUCAGUUGAAUCCUUUUACAGUCCCUCCAUCUUGGUCCUACUCUGUGAGAUGUUCAGGUCUGAGCCUGGAGUGUGAGACGGACCUUAGCCCUGUGGAGACGGAGUCAGACAGCAACAGGCCCCUCAUCUGCGACGAUGAAGAUGAGCUGGAGGCUUACGAUCGACACUGCCAGUCCGUUCACCAACCAGAAGAACGUCCGGAAGAUUCCCCCCGACCCAUCGGCUUCCUGCAGGCGUUCUGUCUUCCUGGUGUGAUUCCUUAUUCCCUGUCGUACGCCUGUCUGAAGCUGGUCAACUACUCCUUCUUCUUCUGGCUGCCAUUUUACCUGAGCAACAACUUCAGCUGGAAGGAGGAAGAGGCUGACCGCUUGUCCGUCUGGUAUGACGUUGGCGGAAUUGUGGGUGGGACUCUUCAGGGCCUUGUGUCGGACUUCAUGGGCAAACGAACACCGGUGUUGGCACUAAGCCUGGUGCUGGCCAUGGCUGCACUGGUGGGAUACAGUCACUCUCCCAACGACAAGGUGGUCAACUCUGCUUUGCUAGCCGUCACUGGCUUCUUCAUCGGUGGUCCGUCCAACAUGAUCAGCUCGGCAAUCUCCGCAGACCUGGGACGUCAGGAAGCUCUUCGGGGCAGCCAGGAGGCUCUGGCUACAGUCACAGGCAUCGUAGACGGGACUGGAAGCAUCGGCGCUGCCGCAGGGCAAUACAUGGUGUCGCUGAUCAAAAGCAGACUGAGCUGGAUGAGUGUCUUCUACUUCUUCAUUGCCAUGACGGGAUGCAGCAUCCUCUUCAUCAGUCCACUCAUCCAUAAGGAGGUCCGUUCCAUGUGGACGGACAGACGAGCGCUGCGACGACAGCUGUGACUUCAUCUUUCCCCGCGUAGAGUUUUGAACCAUGCUUUUAUUGCACUCUGAAAGAUCUUCAUUAGGCGGAAGAAAGCGAUUUGAUCUGUUGAAGUGAUGAAUGUUGCACUACCACUGCACUCUUCUGUCCAGUCAUGUUUUAGUGAUUUUACGUGGUUUUAGGGGCGGGGUCCUCUUUCGCUGUGCGUAGUGUUCGUCCUAAUGUCACUUCUUCAAAGAUGUUUACACCAUCACUCCAGCUGGUUAAACUCACCGCUUUCUAACUAAAACACUUUUUUAAUCCUGUGAUUUGUGUUUUAAUUUGUAAAUAAUAAUUUGACUUCAAACAAGGGAUCGUAACAGUUAUGCUGAUUCAUGAAUGUAUCUCAGCAGCAGUAGAAACCGUGCUGUUUUGGGAACCUCUUAUUUAAUUUUUUUAUUAUUUAUUUAUGUGUACACUGGUGUUUUAACAUUCCGUUCUGAAUAAAGAUUAUUUGAUCAGUU